UUUUAUCAUCAAUUGCAGAUGCUUACUUUUUUUUAAAAAAAAUUAUAGGACUUACAGAUGGCUUGAUAGAUGUAUUAAAUAUCACAAAAAACCUGGUACUCAAAAUCUAUUUCCGAUUGUACAAGGUGGCCUCGAUCCCAAAUUAAGAGAACAAUGUGUCGAAGAACUAUUAAAGAGAAGAGUUGCAGGCUAUGCAAUAGGAGGUCUAAGUGGUGGUGAAUCUAAAGAUGAUUUUUGGAAAAUGGUACAUCUUAGCACUGACCUGCUACCUAAAGAUAAGCCAAGAUACCUAAUGGGUGUUGGAUUUGCUGUUGAUUUAGUUGUAUGUUCUGCAUUGGGCUGUGAUAUGUUUGACUGUGUUUAUCCAACAAGAACAGCUAGGUUUGGAACAGCCCUAGUCCCUGGUGGAGAAAUAAAUUUGAAACAUAAGGAAUUCUCUAAAGAUUUUAGACCUAUAGAUGAAAAUUGCAAGUGUCCUACGUGUGUACGAUAUUGUAGAGCCUACAUUUAUGAAACAAUUAGGAAAGAAACCGUUGCUUGUCAUCUAAUAACUACUCAUAAUAUUACCUAUCAGGUAUAAUUUAAUGGCAUUUUUUUGUUUUGGUGGGGACAGA